CGAAGCUCGAAGCACUCAGCACUCGAAGCUCGAUCAGGUCCUACUUCAGCCUCGUCUGACAUGGCUUGGGACGGCGACCUAGCGCUCUCGUUCGGUGUCUCGAGCUCGCCGACGCAGGCACAGUUCAAUGGCCGCCAGUCGCCCGCCAUCACUGUACCACCCGCGCCUCAGCAAGCCUCGACCUCGAAGCUGUCCAUCGAGCAAUGGGACAAGCUGGCACCUCUCACCGAUGCUCAACGAGCAUCUGUAGCAGCCAUACAGCGGGCAGCUCAUCGGAGACCCGUUCCCGCACGCCUGGCGAGGGCGAAAGCUGCAGAGCAAGCCUCACGACCGAGCACGCCCCUGAAUGCUCAUCAUUCUUCUGCGCUCUCGCGCACAAUGUCCAGCACGCCCGCGAGUCAGUCGAACGCUGCGACGCCGACGGGCUCGCCUCAGACGCGCUCGCUGUCCCUGUUGAAUCCAGCCCAGGACGGGAGCACUAGCUCAUUACUCGGCUUGCCAGCUCAUCAAUCGAUAGCGAAUCCGACGCAGUUCAACGACUGGUUCGCAAAGAUUCAGUCGCUUAUGGAAUCCGAAACAGAGACCAUCUAUCGACAUCACCUCGAGCAGCUGAAUGAGUAUGCCCAGACCUGUCUCGAUAUCUCGGAUCGCGUCAAAGACAUUCGAGGGCUCGUACGAGAGAUGGAGGCCAAUCGCAAGUUUGUCGAAGAGAACAGCAGGGCCUUACAAGGCGCUUGUGAGGUCAUGCUCUCCGAUCAGAAGCGGCUCGUCCAAGUCACCUCGGCUAUCGGUGCAAGAUUGCAGUAUUUCAAGGAGCUCGAAUCGAUGCAGAGACUGCUCAACCUUCCCGGCGAAACCGUCGUGCUGCAGGAAGGCUUUGUCGACACACUUCGGAGAGGCGAUGUCUGCCUCGAGUUCUUCAAGGCCAAUGCCGACUUCCGAGACGCGAGCAUCUAUCUCAUCCGAUUCCAGCAGUGCAUGACACGUGCACUGACACUCAUCAAGAUGUACUUUGUCAACACGCUCAGACGUAUAGGGCAAGACGCUGCCGAGAAAGCAGCUGGCAAGGACUUGUCAGAGGCUGCCCUGGACACGCUUCUGUACGCAAAGUUUACCCAGCCUGCUCUGCUCGAACCUCUGCGUGCGCUAGUCUUUCAGCUCGAGUCCAGAGCCGCGAGCAACCCCGAAGAGUAUCAAUCGCUCUUGCAGGAAUGCUACGACACUUGGUCCAGUAUUCGCAGUCAGCUCGUCGGGCCCGUCCUCAAGGCCGAAGUCAAGCGGAUGGACCCUGCAAAGCAAGACAUCAUCGCACUGACCCGUACGGGCUGCAAUUAUCUGCGUCUCAUCUGUAUACAAGAGUGGGACCUCUUCAAGCUGUAUUUCCCCUCCUCUGGCGAAGAGCAGGCGUAUGCGUAUCUAGAGGGCUUGUGCGAUACCCUUUACGACUCCUUGAGGCCUAGGGUGCUCCACGAACCUCGCCUGGGCGCGCUCUGCGAACUCUGCACUGUGCUGCAGGCUCUCAUGGCGCUUGAUCUGGACUACCAGGACGAAGCAAUCGAUGAGCAGGACAUCUCCUUCCAGCAGCCGCCCCGAAGUGCGCGUACAGACUUCUUGGCCGACGUCGGAUUUCCUUUGCCAGCCUUGCAACGUUUCGAUAGCGAUGAUGCCAUGUCGCCCAUGGAGGGGCCACGCAAACAAGCUCAUUCAGGGCGUGAUGCUUUGCGGUUCAGCGUUCUACUACAGACGAUCUUGCAAGAUGUCCAGACCAAGCUUGUCUUUCGAGCCCAGGCUAUCUUGCAGAGCGAGGUCGAGCUCUUCAUUCCAUCAGCAUCAGAUCUUGACUUCCCAGACCGACUACAAGGCGAUGAGAUCAACAGUGCUGGUCUGAGUACAGAGGGCAAAGCCAGCAGCUCUGAAGGCGCGCUAGCUUUCAGGCUUCCUUCUGCCGAAGUGCAGAGGAGCUGGUACCCCACGCUACAGAAGACAAUCUGGGUCCUUUCGAAGCUGCAUACCUUUGUCAAUGCGGCCAUCUUCGAGGAUCUGGCAGCAGAAGCAGUCACGUUGUGUAGACGAUCCUUGCAGGUGGGCGCAGAGAAGAUCAUAAGUCGUCAAGGCGCGCACCCGCUCGACGGUCAGCUGUUCAGCAUACGGCACCUGCUAAUUCUCAAGGACACUGUUCGCUCGAUUGACAUGGUGCAAGUUGAUCGUGCUAUGGACUUCUCCAGCGUGACAGAUGCAUUGGGAAGUCUUUUGCGGAACUCGUCUGCACUCUUCAAUCCUUCGUCACUUUUCCAGCUGGCGGCCAAAGGCAUCCCCAGCUUUGCAGAGACUAUGCGAGAUGCGAAGACAGAUCUCGACUUUAGCUUGAAGACAGUCUGUGAAGAUCUUAUCUCGCAAGCCUCGCUCUCGAUCACGGUUACCUUGCGCAACUUCCUCGCUCGUUGUCAAGCGUUCUCACGAGAGCAGCCGAAUGGUGUCCUGCGCGAGCAAGACUGGGCAUCGUCUGGCGAGGUUCGACGUGUUCACGAUCAAUUUGUAGCAGAACCCGAUGGCCUGCUUGCCAAGGCUUUUCGAGACAUCACGACACACAUUGCACGAUGGCUCAAGGAUAAGCGCACACUGAAGGUCCUCUUGCCACCAAUACAGGAUGAAGUGCUCGACAUCUACGCUUCCUUCUUCAAGUUUGUCAAAGCAGAAUAUGACCUCGAGACUGCUCAGUCCUUGACAUCACUGGAAACUCUUCGGGCGCAGCUCAGCAAGUUGUCAGGCUUGGAGAGCAAGCGAUAAUGCAAACCGAACGCGGGUGAAUCUGUAGGAGCCAACUGUAGUCGCGUCGACGACGAGAUAGCAACUUUGCCACGCUUAUCGUUUCUUCGCGCUGGAGUCUCAAGGCGCGGGCAGAAUGUCGCGGAGACUGGCGGUGCUUGCUGGAGAGGCCUUGAUAGAGGGCAAGUU